AUGGUCGCUUCUAUCACAUUUCGACUCAAGUCCAGCAACCAUGUUGGCACCAUCGACAUGGAGGGCAGCGUCAUGUCGUGCCGUGAUGCGCAGCAGGCAAUCGCAGCAAAGCUGCGCGCGCCGCCGGAAGAGAUUAAUGUGUUUCUCGCUGGCAGCACGGCGCUGCUGCACCCAGAAGAGGAUCUGCCAGCGUACGCGGUUGUGGACGUAGUACGACAGACGCACAGCGGCAAGCCGCUGUUCCUGUCACGUCCCAAGUUUGCGCCGCUACCUUACUCUCUAGACAGCAUCCCUAGCUCCUCUGGAGUUGGCGGUCCAGCCGGCUUCGGUGACGGGCAGGCGCUGACGGAAGAAGAGCGAAUCGCGCAGCUGCAGGCGGAGGCUGCCCUCGACACGGGCAUUGACGAAGUGAGUAGUCGCUUUCGUCGAGGCGGGCGCGGUGGGCGUGGGGGGAUGGGUGGCGGUCGUGGCGGCAUGGGCGGCGGCGGCGGGAGCGACCUCUUCUUUGGUGGUGGUCGAGGCCGCGGUGACGCAAUUCGCGCCAACAUGGAGGAGAACUUUCGACCUCCGCCAAAGGGGUACAUCUGCCACAACUGCGGCAAGGGCGGCCACCUGAUCCAGCACUGCCCGUCGGCAAAAGGUGGCAAGGCGAUGAAGGUGCUCUCGUUUCCGGUGGGGAUCCCUGAGAGCAUGCUGGUAGAGUGCACCAUGGACGACCCAGCACCCAAGUUCAUCACGCGCGACCACCGCCUGGUGAAGCGCCGCGUAGACCCCUCGGUGUUCACCGCGAUGUCCGUCGCCGGCAUCGGCGGCGACGUCUCCGGCGAUACCGGGCGCGACGACGAUCUGCAUGAGAUGGCAAUUGGUCAAGCGAAUGCUACGGGGACUGCGAAGGUAAACAGCACUUUGGUCACCACUGCCGAAACAUCGUCGUCAACGAAGCCCACGGAUGCGACGUUAAGCUGCGUCGUGCACAACGGCGUCGCCCGUGAGGCGAUGAAGCUGCCUUGCUGUGGUCGCCUCAUGUGCCAGAGCUGCUUUACCAAGAUGGCUGAGGAGGCGUUGGACGAGACACGGAGCCUGGACGACGAGAAUGACGGCGGUGUGGUCUGUCCUGGCUGCAAGGAGCCACUCAUCAUGGAUGAGGUGGUGCCGGCGACGGAGGAGCGAGAUAGGAUCAAGCAGCUUCUUCGUGAGCGCAAGCGGGAGCGUGACACGAAUUAA